AUGUCUGAAGUCCAAGGUACUGGGUUGGCUGGCCUGGAAAAAGAGCUGGGAUGCUCGAUCUGUACCGAGCUUCUCUACCAGCCUCUGACGCUUCUUGACUGCCUACACACAUUUUGCGGCUCCUGCCUGAAGGAAUGGUUUUCAGCACAAGGAUCGCGCAGGCGGCAUUCAAGCUCCGGUCCUCGUUUCACCUGUCCGUCAUGCCGUGCUGAAGUGCGCGAAACCCGUCCAAAUGCUACGGUCACAACCUUGCUAGAUAUGGUUCUAAGGGCCCAUCCAGACCGGGACAGAUCGGCUGAGGAGAAGGAUGAGAUUGCGCAACGAUACAAACCUGGGGAUUCCGUUACACCCCUACCUCAACCUGAUGAGGAUAGCGAGGAUGACGAGGAGGAUAGGCGGGUGUUGGAGGAAGUCCGGGAGCUAAGUCUGCGUGAGAACCGGGCACAGGGAAGACGGGAGUCUCGACGGGCUGCGCAACCAGAGCGGACUCGCGAAAGAAGCAGUAACCCCGAGAGACAUGCGGAUGAUGCCCGCUCGCAACGGCGGCGCGAGGAUGCUUCAGAGCGAAGCAGACGUGUCGAGCAUCAGUCAAGCUUGCGGUCACUACUUAGCAUGUCGGAAACACAGAGCAUUGAGGAAGAGAUCUUGCAACAGAUCAUCGAGGAAGGGCUACUAGAUGAUAUUGAUUUGGAUAAUGUCGACCCGACCCAGGAGGAGGAGCUCACUGAGCGCAUAGCGGAGGCGUACCGCCGCAGGCACAUGCGCCAACCACACCCUCGGCAAGAGCAAAGACACAGACAAUCUCCUGAGCGUUCCGCGCGGGGACACUUGCGAUCUCAGUCAGCCCAGCGACCUACUGAGACAAGCACAACAAACAGCGAUAAUAACGAUCGACGUCCACCUAUCUCGAGGCCACAUUUAUUAGACUCCACUACGGCAACCCCGCUGCAACAUCGACGACGGAACUCGGAGCAAGCUAGUGGGCCACGUCGGACAUCACCUGUGCGAGUAAAUCAAGGGUCUACCUCGGAGGACGCGAUUCGACCUGCUGCGCGAUCAUCCAGCGACAUGACGGCAGAGCGGUCUCGGAGCUCUCAAAAUGGACGAGCAAGAGCCUCGUCAUCGUCAAAUCGACCUAGACGAGCAACUGAGUCGAACCCCAACAUCUCAGAUGUUUGGAUGGGGGCAGGCAGAGAACGGGGAUCCUCCAGACAUAUUAUGAGUCAAUCAACUACCAUCUCACCGAACUUGAUGUCUUUACCGACGGUCACUCACAGCUCCAUACCUGCUGAAAGUGCUGUCCCGACUGUAUCAUCACCACUUGUCCCUCCCAGAUCUGAACGGCGGAACCGCCCAUCCUCUUCGCGAUCAAAUGCCCCUGCCUCCCAAAUUCUCCAAUAUGCAGAGCCAGCUAUCUCCUGCGAUAUUUGUGGAAAGAUGAAUAUUCAAUACGACUUACACAUGAGAUGCCUGAAGUGUAAAGAUGGGAACUACCAUCUUUGCUUACGAUGCUAUCGUUCAGGCAAAGGCUGUCCUUCAUGGGAGGGCUUCCGUGCAUCUGCACAGAAAACAUUUAAUCAAAUUCUUGCAUCUUCAAAUCCCCGAUCAACGCAGUCACACGAGAGCGGGCAUAUACUCAUUUCAAUCAAAUACGCAAGACCCCCCGAGACGGCCCGAGUCACCACGAGUGAAGCCAGACAAAUGACGACUGACAAUCCGGCACGUCGUGUGGAAACGGGUUUCUUUUGUGCAAUCUGCCAGUCGUCAGCCAAUGAUUGUUUCUGGAAAUGCGGACAGUGCAACGAAGGUGACUGGGGCUUCUGCAAUCGCUGUGUUAACCAAGGACGGUGCUGCACCCAUCCAUUGUUACCCAUUCGGCGCAUGGCCGGUCGUCCCCUGCUCCGUCUGCCCCGACCACCCCGGAGUUACAAAAUCCUCUCCUUUUCCACCAAGUGCGACAUCUGCACAUAUCCAAUCCCUGCAUCUGUGACCCGUUUCCAUUGCCUGCAAUGUAACGACGGCGAUUACGAUGUCUGCACCAACUGCUACCUGAAGCUCGUCGCAACAUCCAAGAUCAGCAAAGAAAACGGCCACAACGGCUGGCGCCGCUGUCUGUCUGGACAUCGACUAAUCGUUGUCGGCUUCGAAGACAGCGACGAUGGUCAACGACGCGUGAUCGUCCGUGACCUUGUCGGAGGCCAUGCCCUGAAAGACGAGCAUGUCAACCACUCGCCUUCUUCAUCUCCAGCUGCCGGUCCGAUCGCGUCUCCGAUGAUCGGUACCGGUGACUGGACCUGGAAAGAAGGCCAAGAGCGACGAAAAAAGGCUUCUCGUCUACGUGGGCCCCAUUCCUCCCCAAAUAGCAAUACUGGCGUGGAUACUGGAAAUCAACCCGGAACUCCUACCUCACAACACGCUCCAUCCUUCCGACGCUUCCCGCCAGAUGGAGGUGUUGGACUAGUCGUCCUUGCCUUAUGGUCUUAUUACCCCGAUGAAGAGGUCCAAGAUGAGCUGUUCUUCCCACGAGGCGCUGAUAUCAAGGAAGUGGAGAACAUCAACGAUGACUGGUUCUGGGGAUGCUAUGCUGGUCGUACAGGACUCUUUCCUGGAGCGCAUGUGGCUGCCAUCGGGGAGAUCGCAUAG